AUGCGUUUUUCCUCUGAACAGCCCUAAAAUUCGCAGUUAGCACUGAACUGAGAAAAUUGAAAUCUGAAAGUCCAUUUUCUUUCUCCUCUCAAAAAGAAAAGGAAAAUGGCGUCUCUCUGUUACUCUCUCCACUUAACCCCAAAACUUUCCCCUUUAAACCCAAAACCCUUCCCCAAUCUAACCUUCCUGAACCAAUCAAAAUCCAAGGUCCGACUUGCACGAAGACCCACCAUCACCCGCAUGUCACUGAACCCAACUCCGGCCACAGAUCGCCUAAUCUCCACCGCCGCCUACACUCUCCCGUUCUUCAACUCCCUCCAAUACGGUCGCUAUCUCUUUAUCCAGUACCCUCGAUUGGGUACCCUUUUCGACCCUCUUGUACCCCUCUUAAGCCUGUACAAAUCCGUCCCUUAUGCCAGCUUCGUCGCCUUCUUCGCUUUGUAUCUGGGGGUGGUUCGAAACCCGAGUUUCAGCCAUUACGUGAGGUUCAAUUCGAUGCAGGCGGUGACACUGGAUGUGCUGCUGGUGGUGCCGUUGUUGCUGACAAGGAUACUGAAUCCGGGUCGUGCCGGGUGGGGAUACCGGGUGAUGGCGUGGGGGCAUACUGGGGUUUUCGUGUUUAGUUGUUUGUGUUUUGUUUAUGGAGUGGUUUGGAGUAUCCUGGGUCGGACUCCCUACUUGCCCUUCGUUGCCGAUGCUGCCGGUAGACAAGUUUAGGCUUGUUUGUACGGCAUAAUUCUGUUCUCACCACAAAUUUGUUUUUGUUAAUUUUUUUUUUAUGGAACGCAUUUCAGCUUAAAUGCAAUGGCUGAAAUUAGAGGUUUAUUUAUAUGUAGGCGAAUUUUGUCUCUGUAAAAUCUCUACUUUGCUUUUUGGGGGACAUGCAUUCUAGUCUAAUAGUUUGAUUGUAUGCUCAACAUUGUAGCAGAGAAUUUGAUUAGCAGGA